AUGCGAUAUCUGAUAUAUAGCGCACUUGUUGUUGAUCCUCUCGACUUUUUUUUGAUUCUGUUGCUCUAUUUGUUGAGCAUUGAUGUGCAUAUAUGGCAGGAAUACGCGUUCGUAAAAGAGCAAUGGGCAACGGUCCAGCUCCCUUUUCAGAAAUUGGCAAGCGGGCAAGAGGGAUUUACAGCUACUGGAAUAAAGAAGGGUCAAAUCUUUGUUGGUGAUAUAAGCACACAGUACAGUAGUGGAAAAACUAUUGUUGAUGUUAAAGUUGAUACAUACUCUAGUGUUUCUACCAAAGUGACUUAUGAUGUAGUGCCUGGGACAAGAGCAGCAGUUAGCUUUAAUGUUCCUGAUCACAAGUCUGGGAAGGUACUCAGAUUUCAUAUUUUUGGUGCUAAGGACUUAAGGUGGUUUUAUUAUGCAUAAAUCAGAGGCAAUUAGUGUAUUCAUUUGGUUUUCUUUUCAAUUUUCUUUGCUUUUGUAUUUUUAAAUUUUAUACAUAUUAAGGCUUUCUUGAUGAAGAGAUCAGAUUUAGAAUGAUGAAAGUAUUUACUUCUAUUCGGGUAAGAAAUUGGGCAAGCCGGCAAGGCUAAGUUUGUUCUUCCAAUGGAGGGUUUUCUAAAGUGCAAUGCUGAAUAACUUCUAAAGUUCAGAUGAACCAUCUCAUCUUAACUUUUAACUGUUGGAGCUGCGUUAUUUUGAUGUUCGACCGAAGAGGCAUUGAGCUUGAGGCCCUUUAAAAUUUUAUUGACCUGGUGUGGGAAACAGUACCUGUUGUUUGGCAAACAUUAGAAUGGUGAUGAUAAUUUUGAAGGAAUUCGUUUCAUGAAAUUUGAUAGUAUAUAUUGUAUAAUUGGCCAGCAAGGCAAUAAGCAAAUAUUCUUUCUGGGAUUUUAA